UUAAGAAUGCAAGUUAUUGGCUCCCAGAUGUUGUGGAUAUUGUUUGUGAUCUUGUUUUUCUGGCUAAGUAGUGCCGAGGAAAUAUCAAAGGUGGAGACGGGGAUUGGACUUGACGACUCCUCGGAGAGAACCAUCGAUUUCCGCACCAAAAGAGUGCCUGCGGUCCAGCUCAUAACCCGACACAACUAUUCGGUGGAGACGCACAAUGUCACUACCUUGGAUGGCUACAUCCUGGCAAACUUCCGGAUCCCGUCAUCGAAUCGGUGUACAAAGCUCGGACCGAAGCCAGUCGUUUUUCUGCAGCACGGACUGCUUUUGGCGGCAGAUGCGUUCCUGGUGACUGGACCCCGGACCGGACUGCCCUUCAUGUUGGCCGAUGCCUGCUUCGAUGUGUGGUUGAGCAACUGCCGCGGAACCCGGUACUCCAGGCGUCAUACCACGUUAAAGGACACCCAGCAAAAGUUCUGGCAGUUUAGCUUCCAUGAAAUGGGAAUGCAGGACUUACCUGCCCAGAUCGACUAUGUCUUAGUGACCACGAACCAGAGUGCAUUGCACUUUGUAUGCUAUUCUCAGGGAUGCACCACCCUGAUGAUCCUGCUCAGUAUGAGACCAGAGUAUAACAAGAAGAUCAAGACCGCUAACCUAUUAGCCCCAUCGGUCUUCAUGAAACACUCCCUGACGUGGGGUCUUAAAAUAGUCAAGCCGAUAUUUAUGAUGCUGCCCGACGGGGAGCUAUUACCCAUAAAAGGUUUGCUAACCUCUGUUGUAAAGUUAAUGUGCAAGUCAAAAGCAACGAAGAGACUAUGUGCCUCCAUAUACCUGCUCUUGAGCGGGAAUAAAUCGAAACACACAAAUAAAUCCGUGAUUCCUAACUUGGUGGCCACACACCCGUCUGGACUUUCCACGAGGCAGCCGAAGCACUACAUACAGCUUAAGGACUCUGGAAAAUUCCGACAAUACGACUUUGGGCCUAAAAAGAAUCGGAAGACCUAUGGCCAAGCAUCGCCCCCAGAAUAUCCGCUGGAGAAGGUCAAUCCUUUGACACCCAUUAACUUGUUCUACAGCGCUGGAGAUAACACCGUCUCAAUAAAGGACAUUUUAAAGCUGGCCAGCAAGUUGCCCCGGUCCGUGAAACACAAGAUCAAGGAGCCUGCCUGGGACCACUUGGACUUUAUUUUCGGAAAGACAAUAGAUAAAGUGAUCAAUCUACCGGUUAUCAACAUAAUCAAUGCAUUCGAGAAUUCUCAGAAGGAAUGAUUAAACUUAAAAAUGA